GGGCGGGUGUGCUUGGGUGCGCAGCGGUGGUCAUCAUCCACAGCAUUGCGCGUGCCUUGAGCCUUGAGCCAUGGACUUUGUGUUUUCCUGGAGUUGCCCGGCGCUUCCGUCUCCCUCACCAGACAGGCCCUGUACACCCAGCCAACGAAGCGGACGGAUGCAAGGAGUAUGGAAUGCAAAAGCGAGUUGCCUCCCCCCUUUUUCAUGCCUUUCCUUUCUUGACAGCAGGCGGGGCGGUGCCUCUCGUCGGAGUGGCUCGGGCACCCAUCCCCAUCCCCACCACCACCUUCACCUUCACCACCCGCAGCACCACCGAAGCAACCAUGCGGCCACCGCCACCACCACCAGUGCCAGCGGUAGCGGCAGCAGGCGAGUGGGCGCGGGGCGCCGCAACGGGGCCCAUCAAGGACACCAGCAGCCGCAGCAGCAGCCCCCCUUGCAGCCGCACUCCGACCCGCACCAGCAGCAGCCCCGUCACUCGCAACCAGCAGCCUCCUCAUCCUCCCACUCCUCCACACCCGGCCCCGGGGCCCCCCUGCCCCAUGCAGCCCGCAACUCCGCUUCCCACCCCGCCCAGGAGCUGGCAUCCGGAGCUCCUCGGGGGCCGCCACCCUGCCCACCACCCCACUCUUCACUGCCAGCCACUGCCACCACCACAGCAGCCACCACAGCAGCCGCCAGUGCUCCCGCCUCAGCUACGGCCGGCACCCCAGCAGCUGCUGCCGCUGCAGCGGAGGCAGCGGCCAGCGAGGAUCAAGGCGCGCGUCUUCUCAACGCCGCCCGCAGCAGUAGCGGCGGCGGCACCGACCCGCCGGGUCACUCGGGCCCGCGAGGCUUAUCCGCCUCCUACCAUGCGGGGAUGACGGCACCUGACGAGGGGGCACCAGCCGGGGGGGGCGGCGAGCAUCAUCAUCAUCAUCAGCAGCAGCAGCAGGGGAGCGGGCGGCCGCAGGGGCUGUCAGACAGCGGAGAGGCGACUGCGGUACCGCGCAGGGACAGCGGGGGCCGCAUGGGGCCCGCCAGUGACGCCAGGAGCGGUGGGGGCCGCGGUGGCGGCGGCAGGGCGGGCUUGCACCGCCGCUCUAGCAGCCAUGACGCUGCAGCGGGUGCGGGUGCGGGUGCGGCAGUGAGGUCAUGCAGGGGCGGCGGCGGCAGUAGGAGCAGCAGUGCCGUACCGCCAUCGUUGCUGCCUGCGUCGCUGCUGCUUCGAGGCCCCUCCUCCUGGUUCGACUUUGACUUCCCUGCUGGACUGUCCCUUGCCCGCCGACCAAACCCACAACAACCUCAGCAGCCUCCACCUCAGCCUCCACCUCAACCUGCUGCUGCUACUGCCAGCUCGCCUCAGCCCCAUCCGCAGCCCCAGCAGCCUCAUUAUCACUCGCCGCACCCACCUCGUCUCCGUGCCAGUGUGGCAGCCUUCGCCAUGGUUUCGGAGCCGCUGGGUUUCGGCCUGGUGGCUGAGCACGUAGAGUACCAGAUACGGGUGGCGGAGGAGGGCAGCGGCGCGGAGUGGACGGUGGCGAGGCGGUUCCGGAGCUUCGAGGCGCUGGCGAGCAGGCUGGCGGCAACACAGCCGCGCUACCGCGCGCUGGGGCUCUCCCUGCCCUCCAAGCGCCUGUUCGGCCACUUCUCCGCGGCUGACGUGGCCUUCAUCAACAACCGCCGAGCGGAGCUGGACGCCUUCCUGCAGCAGCUGCUGGGCUGCCGGGAGCUGGCGGGGAGUGCGGAGCUGAGGGAGUUCCUGCUUCCCGACAACUCCCCCGCCGCCACCCCCCCUAGCGCCGCCCACCCACCCCGCCGCGCCCCCCACAGCCGCAACCCCAGCGGUGCCUCCUCCAGCGCCUCGCCGCCCCAGCGGCCCGCCCCACCGCCACCCUCGGGGCCCCCCAGCAGCAGCAACACCUGCAGUCCUACACGCACCGCGGACCACCCCGCCUCCUCUUCCUCCUCCCACCAGCAACCGCCGCAACAACAACAGCAGCACCCGCAGCACCCGCAGCAGCACCUGCAGCCAGAGGUCCAGCGGCGCCCCGGGCUGCUGACCCGCUCCCGUACGGCAGCUGCGGUGCUGUCAGGACCCUCGGGGCAGCAGCCGGAGGAGGAGGAGGAGGAGUACGAGCAGCUGCUGACGGAUGACGGGGUCGAUGAUGAUGACGAUGAUGCUGAGCUCCUGCUGGCAGUACAGGGCAACGAUAAUGGUGCUGCUGCCGCCGCUGCCGUUCCCUCCGCCGGCGGCAGCGGCGGUGGUGGUGGCGGCUUCCGUCGCCCCGGCGGCCCGCUGGCGUCCCUGCGCUCCGCUGCAUCAUCGGGUUCCACCGGGGGUGGUGGCGGUGGGGGUGGAGGUGGAGGUGGUGGUGGAUUCCGGUUGAGCCUGACCGCCUGGAGCACCCGCGCCUUGCAGAACCUGCACAGCAACUACACCACGAGCCGACAGCGGCAGCAGGCGCAGGCGCGGGGGACACAGGCCAGCAGCUGCAGCGGUAGCAGGAGCAGGAGCAGUGGCAGCGGCGACGGAGGUGGUGGUGGUGGCGGUGGAAGUGGUAGUGGCUACUGCGAGGCAACGGGGGAUGCGGGGGAUUUGGUCUUGGUCCGACGACCUCCAUCGGGCACCAGCCCCCCAGCUGCCGCCCGCACCGAGCAACAACAGCAGCAGCCCGGGGGGAGCGAGGGUGAAGCUGGCGCCCCAGGCGGCGGGGGCAGCGGAGUUGCCGCUGCGGCGCCUUCCAACUCGUCCCCGGCCUCGAGCAGGGCUGCCUCCGCCUCCUCAGCCUCCGCCUGCUUUGCAGCUGCAGCCGCCGCCGGCGGUGGGACAGUGGCGGGCGAGGAGGCGGCGCCCAGGCCGGCAGUGGCAGGCAGCGGGGGUCGAGGGAGUCGCCAGAAAUCCGCUGCUGCUGCGGCUGCUGCUGAUGUCGCCGGUGGCGGUGCCGGCAGCACUGCACCCGGCAGCAGCACUGCCCGCAUGAGGGCGCAACAGCAGCAGCGGGUGGAGGCAGGCGGCGGCGGUGCCGAGUGUGGAGGUGUGGGGGCAGCUCCAUGUCCGCCCGGCAGGGGCGGCUUCUUCUUCGCCGGUGCUGCUACCGGUACUGCCAACGCUGACGCUGAUGCGGAGGGGGCUGCUGCUGCUGCUGCCGGUAGCGGUCCUGCUCGAGGCUUUGGCUUUGGCACAUCCGUUGUCCUGGAUUGCGCCGGGGUGAGGGGCGUGCAGGAGCCGUCCGCCGGCAGUGCCGACAGCGCUGCCGCUGCUGCCUCCGCUGCUGCUGCCGGUGCUGGCGGAGUAAGCGGUCCGCUGCUGGAGCUGGUGGAUGUGCUACUGGGGCUGCAGGGGCAGGGGUUCUUCCGACGCCAGGCCAUCACCGUGGCCCGCCAGGCCCUCUCCCUGCUCGCCGGCGACGCGCUGGACUCCUACCUCACCCACCAGCUGCGCCACCUCACCUCGGAACACAGCCUGGCGCGGGCGCUGCUGAUGCUGCAUGCGUCGCUGUUCCCGGGGGGCGCUUGGUACUCCUUUGGCAGCCAGCCGCAGCAGCAGCAGCCGCAGCAGCCACAGCCACCACAGCAGCGGCCACAGCAGGAGCAGCAGCUGGAAGAGCAGGCUAUGGAGGAGCAGCAGCAGCAGCGGCGGGGGCAGCAACAGCAGCCCAGCAGUGCGCAGCAGCCCCUCGCCGGGCCCCGCUGGCGUCCCUCGCCGCCCCUCACCGCAGAAGCAUACCUGGAGCCGGGACCGGCGCCGCCGGAUGCUGAGAUGAUUGCGGAACGGGUGCGGGCCCGGCUGUUCGCGCUCUCCCCGGCCGUGUUGGUCAACCUGGUGGGUCCCCGCGGCUACUCCCGCGUGCUGGGCGACGUGUGGGGGCUGCUGCAGAGCCGCACCAUGCUGCUGCAGCUGAGCUACUGCCUGCUGACGACGAUGCUGGGCAGGCUGUUCCCCGAGCUGCAGCCCGAGCUGCGGCACCUGCAGCUGGGGGCAGCGGGAUGGGGGGAAGGAAGCGGCGGUGGAGAGGGGGAGCAGGAUGAGGAGCAGUGAUGGCGGCAGCGGAGCAGUGGCAGUGGGGGCCACGGCAGGGGGGUGGGGCGCGAGGCGGCCUGUGAGACGGCUGGUAUAUGAUAAAGAUUGGUUGCAAUUUUGUCGGGUGAAGAGGAGAAGGGAGUCUAAGGGACUAGGGUGAUGAAGGGGCGGACCGUCGUUCCUGGCCGCCUUCAAGUUGGUCGUGUACCUCCCUGGAACGUUUCGGUCUUCUGCUUGGGGCGGGAUGGCUGAAACCGUAUGUACUGUGAAGCGUACCAAGCCAUCACUGGCCCUAGGGGAAGCUAUCGGCCCGUUACCACGAGAUCAAAUGACAGGGGAACCAACGGAUAUGCUCUAGCGUCCGCACAGGCGGAC